AUGGUGAACACAUUUUACGUCAUCUUCGUCGUGGCCUACAUGGGCCUUGUGCUGCCACACCUCAUCCACCGCAUCGACCGAAUCAUCGAUUACUUUCGCGACGAUGAAACCCGACGUGAGGUUGACACCAGAGCGAGUGCAACGCAGCUGAUUUUCCGGAUUCUCUUGGCCAUAGUAUUCGUGGUCAUUCCAUUCAUUCCGGGGAUGGUCUUUCCCUCGCUCAACAGCAUUCAGCCAGCCGGACAUUGA